UGUCUCGUUUUGUACCAGGAAUGUAUGUUACUAUCUAAGUAUGGAGAGUGCAAUCACGCUGUGGCAGUUCCUUUUGCAGUUGCUGCUAGACCAGAAACAUGAGCACCUGAUUUGCUGGACGUCUAACGAUGGCGAGUUCAAGCUACUCAAGGCAGAAGAAGUGGCUAAGCUGUGGGGACUCAGAAAAAACAAAACUAAUAUGAAUUAUGACAAGCUGAGCAGAGCGCUCAGAUACUAUUAUGACAAGAACAUCAUCAAGAAAGUGAUUGGACAAAAAUUUGUCUACAAGUUUGUCUCCUUUCCUGAGAUUUUGAAAAUGGAUCCACACGCCGUGGAGAUCAGCAGAGAGAGCCUGUUGCUGCAGGACAGCGACUGCAAGAUGCCUUUGGAGAGCCGGGAGCAGCACAAGCACAGCUUGUCUGCGCUGAAAAGCACAAGUCGAAAUGAGUACAUCCACUCUGGCCUGUACUCCUCUUUCACCAUCAACUCGCUGCAGAACCAGCCAGACCCCUACAAGCCAAUCAAAACAGAAAAACUGGAGGAGAAGUCAGAAGGAAACACACCUGUCGAAGAGGUUCGGACUGUUAUAAGAUUUGUGACAAACAAAACAGACAAACAGGUUAUGAGGCCCAUUGUGUCGUUGCCUUCCACUUCCGAAACAGCGGCUGCCUCUGCUUUUCUCAGCUCUUCAGUAUCAGCUAAACUGUCUUCCUUAAUGUUACCCAACAGUGCCAGCAUUUCCUCUCCUUCAUCAUCAUCCUCCCGGUCCCCGUCUCUGUCUCCCACCUCGCCGCUCCCUGCAGAGCACAGGAGCCUCUUCUUUGAGUCCAGUUGCCACGACUCGGAUUCGCUUGAACCUCUGAACCUCUCCUCAGGUUCCAAGGCAAAAUCUCCAUCGCUUCCCCCAAAGGCUAAAAAACCCAAAGGCUUGGAAAUUUCCGCCCCACCUAUGGUUCUUUCCGGCACCGAUAUUGGUUCCAUUGCCCUCAACAGCCCUGCGCUUCCUUCGGGAUCCCUGACUCCAGCUUUCUUCACUGCCCAGACCCCAAAUGGAUUAUUGCUGACCCCGAGCCCGCUGCUGUCUAGCAUCCACUUCUGGAGCAGCCUCAGCCCUGUCGCUCCUCUGAGUCCUGCCCGGCUGCAGGGACCAAACACUCUGUUCCAGUUUCCCACUCUGCUAAACGGCCACAUUCCAGUGCCACUUCCCAGUCUGGAUGGAGCCUCCUCUCCAGUCCUGCUCUCGCCAAAUGCCCACAAAUCCUGAUGAUGCCUCAACACGUCAAGGACUCACUGGUGGAUUUAACACUUCAUUCCUAUGGGCUCCUUUUUCCUGUGUCAUGAGAAGGACAUUGUGAAACCCUCUAUUACUUUGGUUUGCACUUUUCAUUACAUGGAUAAUCUACUUUUAUUAUGUUAGCAUUUUAAAACAGUGUUUAUAUAUAAAAAUAUAUAUAAAUCUGUUUUGCAUUAAAUGAAUUAUAAUUUUUUUAUAUCAUAGCUCUCAAGUGUUGAACACUUCUGUUGUUGAUGAAGUACUUCUCUUAAUGGAUUGCAACAAUGUAUCUAAUAAGGAUGUGAAGCUUGUUUUAAUCCCUUUUUCUGCAUAUUAUGCAUUGUGCUUGUGUAAACUAUAACCGGCUGUGCCUUCUUUUGCAUAAUGUCAUGUAAAUGAUUUAUAUAUUUUCUAGUAUUAAGAUAAAAAGUUGAAAGACAAAACUAGUAUUGAAGAGCCCUAUGGUAGUAUUUCAGUAUUUUCUCCACAGAUAGGCCGUAUGAUGCAGUGUAUUCAUGUAACUUUGUAUUAAGUGCUUUCAAAUUGUAUAAAAAUAGCCUUAUAACUUUUCUUUGCUGAAUUGAAAGGCGUAAUAACUGUUACAGUCAGGAAGUGCAUUGAAAAGAAACAGAGCCACGUUCACCCGCUCGUGCCCAAGCACCUCUGUGGAGUUGCAAAGGGAGGAA